AAAGAAGAGAGCAUUUACCAACUCGCCAGCUCGGCAGAUGCAUUUGAAGGCUGUUCUCAAUCAUCCACGGAGCCUCUCGGUCCAGACCACAAGCACAUCGUGGGGGAUGGGAAAAAGUCAACGCGUGAGAGACAACGGAUACCCUGGACGCUGGGCCCGUCGCCACCAUCUGCUAAUUUAUGUUCUUUUACUCUUCUUGAAUUGUUGGACAUCAUAAAACAUCAUCGGAUUUUGUUGUCUGUGAAGGACCCUGGUUGUAUGCUACAAUGCAUGUUAGUACAAUUUGCAUUAUUUGCCUUUUUGAAGUAGCCUAACCUGCGACGCGCUCUACAGUGAGCUUCAGGAAUAUUGUCCAACGUAACUUGGAACAAUCUCAUCAAAUCGUUCGAGUUUUUAAAAAAAAGUAUUAUAUCGGAAAUAAAAGGAUACUGUGAAGUGUCUGGGAAGACUUUACAGGCUAAAUGUUUUUGUUAGCCGAUGAAGACCUACCGUUGGCUUUAUUUCUCUGGUAAAGUACACUAAUACAUUUACUUUUUUCUCAGUAAGGGCUGCGGUCUGUCAACAUGCCAUGGGAAAUAAUUGUAAGCCUAUGCAGUAUUAUGGUUUUGCUAAAUAUGAGUAGUUCUGACAGCUUCCUGAACAGGUUUGAUGACGACAUCGACCAAAUUAGCAACCCAUUAGAUGAAAUUAUAGACCAUUUCGAUUAUGAUAAACUUGAGGAUGAGCAUGGAGAUCGAAAUGGAACUCACUGUGGUGAAUGCUCACCCGAAUUGUGUCCGGUGGUACAAGGAUGCAGGGCUGGGCUGAUUUUGGACAAUUGUGGUUGCUGCCAAGAGUGUGGAAAUCUGGAGGGACAGACGUGUGAUCUUGGCGACACGAAUGUAUUUUACGGUCUCUGUGGCAUGGAUCUUGAAUGUAAAAUUGACGAUUUGGAUGUUGGAGAAGUUGCCGAGCCGCAGUGUGUUUGUACAUCGCAAGAUGCGCUUUGCGGGUCAGAUGGAAAAACAUACAUGAACAUUUGUAAGUUUAAAGAAGCAACCUUCUCAAAUUCAUCAAUCAAGAUAAAGAGCAAUGGCCCGUGCAAAACAGUGCCGAUCAUCAAGGUCCCACCCCAGAACCUGGUGAAUGUUACAGGAAGUUGUGUGGUGUUUCUCUGUGAGGUCUUUGCCUUUCCAAUGGCACUGAUUGAAUGGAAGAAGGAUGGCAAGGACAUUAUUCUUCCAGGAGAUGAUCCACAUAUCUCAGUCCAGUCACGAGGAGGUCCCCUGAAGUUUGAACUAUCUAGCUGGCUGCAGAUCGAGGAAGCUGACCUGGCAGAUGCUGGCACGUACCGCUGUGUCGCUCGUAAUGAACUUGGCAAUAUCUCUGCAACAGCUGUGUUGGGAGUUCUUGGUCCAGAAGAGAUGUCUGUCUACUUGAUGGAGAACAUGACAGAAAUGUUGGAGUAUGGCCAUUCAGAGAGAGAGUAUGAUGAGGAUUACUACUAGUGAUAUCCAUUGUUCAAAGUAUUCAGCCCACACUAUAACAUUUGAAACAGUUGAAAAUGUGUGGGUGAUGAUGUCUUCCUGAAAGUCCUCCCAAUUGUUAUAUUCAUAUUUGUGCACACAAAGAUUGGGGAUUUUUGUGUAUAUUGGAUGUGCUUUAGGGUAUAUUAGAUGUGUUAAAUCCUAUAUUCAAUGAUAUAUAGGAUAUAUUAGAUGAGAUAUGAAAUACGUUAUAUUGGAUGUACAGUAUUUAAUGCCAUAUGGGAUAUGUUGGAUGUGAUAUUGGAUACAAUAGAUGUGAUGUAGGAUACAUUUGUGGGAAAUCGAAUUAAUUGGAUUUAAUCUAGGAUUCCUCAGCAGUGAUUUAGAAUAUAUUGGAUGUGAUAUAGCAUACAUUGGAUGUGAUAUAGGGUAUGUGAUAUAGGAUACGUUGGAUGUGAUACAGGACUCAUUAGGUAUAAUAUUUAUUACAUACUGGAUGUGAUAUAGUAGAAAAACACAGGUGAAUACAAAUGGAAGUCGAUAAUGGAGAUCGCUGAUUGUUCCCAAAGUCGAUAUUAUGCAUUUGGAAAGCAUGAGGAAUGUCUCUUUUGUUCAGAAGCUGUUCAGACCCAUUUCCCUUGUGACUAUAUGUCUACAUUCCAAACCAUAUGAAUGGUGGCUUGCAGGAAAGUCAGCCCAACUGUCCUUUCAAAGUCUGGUAAAAGGCUUAGCCAUCCCCUCAGGACUAAACUUCCAUCUGUGCCUCCAACAGAAAUGGAUUUGCUUUAGAGCCUUUGUGGAAUAACUAAGUGUCAGGUAGUCUCUGAACUAAAGUGUAUUUUUAGUUAGUUUAUACGUUUCCAUCGAUCUCUGUAUGUUUGGGCCGAUCUGACAGUAAGCCAAGCCUGGCUCUGGUGGUAGGGGAAAGAAAUUCCCAGAUGGUUUUAAUGUAUUGUGGAUAUCAGACACGAAGAGAAACCUCAUCUCCCUUGUGUUCUUGCAUCAACAAGGUUCUUUGCAUUUCCUUUUUAUAAGAGAAUACAGAGGACUUGCUUGAUCUAAAUACAGCUGUACCUUCCACUUUGCAAGGGAAGCAACAUCAAACCGAGAAUAUUAUGAAUGCUGUAUGUUAUAAAAUGUGAAUGCUAUUUUAUUAAUAUUAAUUAUGCUACUUAGGAUAAUGGCAGAUGGCUUAAAAAUAUAUAUAU